AUGGAGCAACGAAACCCUUCUCCGUCUCCGUCUCCGUCUCCGUCUCCGUCACCGUCACCAGUUCGAGUCCUCAUUCGCCCUCCGUCUUCUCCUUCGCCUACCUCCUCCGACCAUCCACCUCAGGCGUCUCUCCCUCGCGCCUCCGAUGGCGUGGUGGUUGUUGGCUUCAUCGCGCGGCGGCACGGCGAUUCGGCGCAGCUCCUCAACCGCGUCAUCGACUCGAACGCCUUCGCCUCCGGCAAUCUCGAUACGCCGCUGCUCGUAGACGAUGAGGAGGCUCGAGAGUGGUUCGAGCGGAGGAGAAUCAGCUACUUUCACGACCAGGAGAGGGGAAUUUUAUUCCUUCAGUUCUCUUCCACUCGCUGUCCAGCGAUUCAUGCCGCUGCGGAAACCGCGCCGCCGGGAUUCGAUUCUGCCGUCGAAGAGCACGAGUUCGGCGACCUCCAGGGAAUCCUUUUCAUGUUCUCUGUUUGUCAUGUUAUUAUAUAUAUUCAGGAGGGGUCACACUUUGGUACUAGGAUUUUAAGGAAUUUUCGUGUGCUGCAAUCAGCUAAGCAUGCAAUGGCUCCCUUUGUUAGAUCCCAAACUAUGCCGCCUUUGUCAGCUAGAUCGCAUCCUUCAUCAUCCACUAGACCUGCUUCGGCAGCAAACAAUUCUUCUCCAGGUAGAGGUGGUGGUAACUUGAGUCGCAAUGUGUCGGCCAUAUCUCCCAUGUCAGGUUUAGGUUCUUAUGCUUCUUUGUUUCCAGGACAGUGCAUACCUGUCACACUGUUUGUAUUCGUGGAUGACUUCUCCAGUUUAUCUAAUUCCAGUGCAAACGGGGAGGAAUCUUCAGAUGGCUCUUCACUUAGUCAAUCAUCUAGUUUGAGUGGAGCGGCCAAGGGAAACUUGUCUGCUAAAGGUUCGGGUUCUGUAGUUGUGCUGGCACGACCUUCAAAUCGAUCUGAAGGUGGAUUUAGGAAGAAACUACAGUCAUCUCUUGAAGCACAAAUUCGCUUUCUGGUUAAGAAAUGUCGGACUUUAUCAGGUCCUGAAAUAACUCAUUCUAGCGUAAGAACUGGGGGUACAUCAACUUCUGCACCUCUGUUUUCACUUGAUGCAUCAAGGACAGUUGUCUUGUUAGACCGGUUUUCAAAUCAAAGAGGCGAGUCUCUUGAGUUUGCCAGUGGACUUGUUGAUGAUGUGUUAAAUGGGAAAGCAACUUCAGAUUCCCUUCUGCUUGAAAGCCAUGGUCAAAGUGCAAGCAAAGAAGAUUUAAUAUCAGUUAGGGAGUUCAUUUACAGGCAAUGUGAUAUUUUGAGAGGGAGAGGGGGACUAAUUAAUACGAACAGUGGCUCAGCUUCUGGUGUUGGUAUGGUUGCUGUUGCAGCAGCUGCAGCUGCGGCCUCAGCUGCAUCUGGGAAAACAUUUACUACUCCUGAUCUUCCAAAUCUUGAAGUUUGGUUAUCUUCUAGUCGUCAUAUAUUGAGUGGAGUUCUCUGUGCAAAAGGUGGUUCCCUGGAUGAAUUUGAUAUUAUGAAAAGAAAACCUCGUCCUAGGAAUGCUGUUUCAUCGACAGUGGAAGGAUCUAUGAAGAGUACAAAUCCUUUAGAUGUUGCGCUAUCUUGGUUAAAAAGUGGUAGAGGGUUGAACACUAAAUUCUCGACUAUGUGGUGCCAAAGGGCCAUUCCAGCCGCAAAGGAGAUUUAUUUGAAAGACUUGCCUGCCUCUUAUCCUACUUCACAACAUCAGGUGCAUUUAGGUAAGGCUUUGAAGGCAUUUCGCUCAAUGGUGAAAGGACCUGCAGUGGAACUAUUUGCAAAAAAGUUGGAAGAUGAAUGCACUUCCAUAUGGAAAUCAGGAAGGCAACUAUGUGAUGCUGUUAGUUUGACAGGAAAACCCUGCAUGCACCAAAGGUAUGAUGUUGAACCUGGUAAUUCAGAUUUAGGAGACUCGCACAAGCUACAUUCAAGUGGUUAUUUUUUCCUUCAUGCAUGUGCUUGUGGUCGUUCCAGACAGUUAUGUCCUGAUCCUUUUGAUUUUGAAUCAGCUGAUGGCAGUUGCUUCUCUAAAUGUGAUAGUCUACUUCCUGCAGUCAAAUUACCCGAAACAGAAGUUGCAGGGCCUGUUAAACCUUCUGCUUGGAGUUUACUUCGUAUUGGGGGUGCUAGAUACUAUGAAUCUUCUAAAGGCUUACUUCAAAGUGGAUUUUCUGCCACUGAAAAAUUUCUUUCUAAAUUGACAAUAUACCUAGAGAAAAAGAAUAUACCAAAUGGUUCUACAGAGAGUACAGUGAAUCAAGGUUCUGUAAUUAGAGCACCCAAGGUUGAAUCUAUUGCAGAUGCAACGAAAACUGGGGUUAUACAAGCCCACCCUGCUGUGCAGAAUGGAGUGGAAGAUGUAGGAACAUCUGUAGAUGUCAUGAAGGCUGAUGAUAAAAAGAUAAGUUUUGGUAGAGGUUUCCCUAUUUUCAAAAUGAGAAAACCUUUUUCUGAGGUUGUUGCUGGAUCAGCGGCUAGUGAUUCAGGAUUUCCUCCUCUUCAACAAAGGAAAUUGCCUACACCAGGUUCGGAAAAGGGUAUGAAACAAAACAAGUCAAGUAGUCAGACUGUUGAACAAGUUAAUGCAACCAUUGAUCAUCAACUAUCUCAAAAAUCUCAAAAUGUUUCAUCUACUCAGGGACAUCUUGAUGAUAAUGGUAACAAUAUCUGCAGGGACAGUGAUCCUUUUUUGAGGAUAGGUAGCAAUGUUGUAUACUUGAAUGAUAGUGAAAGGAACAAAUCACAUUCUUUGAAGCAUGUUAUAAUAUAUGUUGGAUUUGAGCAUGAAUGCCCCCGUGGCCACCGUUUUUUAUUGAAUGCAGAACAUCUUACUGAACUGGGAUCGUCAUACUCGUUAUCUGAAGAAUCUCAUACAUCUUCUAUGGAGCCUGCUGACCGAAGUCAGCCAUCUCAUACUAAAGUGAGCAAGAAUGCUUCCUGGAACAAAGUUCAUCGAGGCUCAAAUGAAAUUCUGUCUGCAGCCUCAAAUAAGGAAAGAGAUGUGAACAAAUCUAAUGGGAUGAUUCCUAAUGGUGAUUUGAAUUCAGAUGGACUAAUACAUACUUACGUUCCGCCAAAGCAACAUAAUUUGACUUCAACAAAUGCAUUUGCAAAACCCCUGAAUCUUACGAAGGAUUUUGGAGGAGAUCUUCAAGCUAUUAGCAUGGAUGGUGAUGAUCUUGCAUUUUCCAUGUUGAAUAAAAACUUGCCUAUCUACAUGAUCUGUCCUCACUGUAAGCAUGCAAGGAAUAAUAAGGAUACACCAAAAGUGAAGUUUGCAAGUGGGAUCUCACAGCUUAAAAGAAUUUUUCUGGUGACACCUGCAUUUCCAGUGAUACUAGCAACAUGCCCUGUUGUACAAUUUGAGACAUCAUGCUUACCUCCCUUAGUUCCAGAUCGUGAACAAAAAUUGCAGUUUAGCCUUGGAUGUGAGGUGAUCUUGCCACCAGAGAGCUUCCUUACACUUAAAUUACCGUUUGUGUAUGGUGUACAGCUUGAUGAUGGAAACAAACAUCCUCUUAACCCCUUUGAACAACAGCCUGAAAUGACUGCCUGGAUUGCCAAGGGCACAGUACUGCAGAUCUUGUCCAAGGGGAACAGUGAUGAGGGAUAUCAAACACAGGUAUGGUCUGCAAUUGAAUUAGAUGUAAUGGAAACUAGUGGAGUUCAUUACUCAGGCAUGAAUUGGUGCAGUUUGUUUGAUCAUGCAAGGUUGGGGAAAAUGUUGAUUGAUCUAUUCCACGUGUCACAGCUAAUUGCAUAG